AUGCAGAGGCGCUCGUCCGACAAUUCGGACGGGACCGACCUUUCCUUGAAGACUCGUCCGUCUCUGCGCCUGUCAACCGAUUAUGGUCAUGGAGCUUCGUCCGCUACAACAGCUACCACAGCCUCAAAUACCGACCAAGUCUUGCAGCAAUCGCAAAUAGUUUCUACCCCCAUCGUUCACUCCGAUCCCGAUCGCCGAUUUAAUAAUAAUAGUAAUUCUGUCGUUUCCCCUCGAUCCCGGAAUUCGAGUGCCGUCCGAACCUCGUUCUCAUCUCUCACCUCAACUUCGCAUGCCUCGCCGACGCCGACACCUUCGUCCAAGCCAGCUGCCGCGAUGAUGCCCUUGGCGACCCGGCAGCUCUCUUUUGAGGGCUCACCGGAGACCUACCAGCGCACGCGACACCUUCGACUUCGCAGUCCGUGGUCGAUAUCUAUUCUAGCUCUAUCUACCGCACUUGCUGGCGUCUUCUUCCUCCUAUUCAUUGCACACUCCUUUGUGCACCGGCCUGUUGGAGCCGAUGGAUGUCAGGUGCCAGUGAUGAGUCCAACCUAUCUACGAAUGGUCGGAUUCGAUGCUGAGCAUACGAGAUUUGCAAGCAAAUAUAAUCUUUAUCUCUAUCGUGAAGAGGGUGUCGACCAUUACUCGCAGGAGAACAUAGGGCUAAGCGGUGCACCCGUUCUAUUUCUCCCCGGGAAUGCCGGUAGCUACAAACAAGUACGCUCACUGGCUGCCGAAGCCUCGCGACACUUUCGAGACGUCAUUUCAUACGAUAAAGACUAUCUGGACUCUGGAACUCGCAGCUUGGAUUUCUUUAUGGUUGAUUUCAACGAGGAUUUGGCCGCUUUCCAUGGACAGACCAUCUUGGACCAAGCGGAAUAUGUCAACGAAGCUCUUGCAUAUAUUCUUUCUCUCUAUCACGAUCCCAAUCGCUCGCAUCGCGAUCCGAGUCUACCGGACCCGAGUUCUGUCAUCUUGGUCGGUCACUCAAUGGGUGGUGUCGUGGCCCGCACAGUCUUAACCAUGGCCAAUUACCAAGCGAACUCUGUCAACACCAUAAUCACCAUGUCGGCGCCCCACGCCAAGCCACCGGUAUCGUUUGAUUCCGACAUUGUUCAUACCUACAAGCAAAUAAACGACUAUUGGAGAGGAGCAUAUUCACAAGAAUGGGCAAACAAUAAUCCUCUGUGGCACGUUACCCUCAUUUCCAUCGCGGGAGGUGCGAGAGAUACUGUUGUUCCCUCAGACUAUGCCAGUCUCGCCUCGCUUGUUCCCGAGACUCACGGAUUUACCGUUUUCACGUCUAGCAUUCCGGAUGUCUGGGUGGGUACCGAUCAUUUGUCCAUUACUUGGUGCGAUCAAUUUCGAAAGGUUGUGAUUAAAUCUCUUUAUGAUGUGGUGGACGUUCAUCGGCCCAGUCAGACCAAACCUCGAGCGGAACGUAUGCGCAUUUUCAAAAAAUGGUUUUUGACUGGUUUGGAGUCUACUGCCGAGCGUACACUUACACAGCAGGAGUCCAAUUACCUCCUUACAUUAGAAUCUAGCACCAACAACAUUCUGCCUCAAGGAGAACGUCUCGUUUUGCGCGAGUUGGGAAAUCAUCAAGAUUCGGAAGUGCAUUUAAUGCCUGUUCCUCCUCAGGGUGUCCCGGGAAAGAAGUUCACUCUCCUUACAGACCAGCCGUUUGACCAGCCAGAUGGAAAGUUGGAAGUUCUAUUUUGUACUGUCUUCCCCAUGCAAGCCGGGCGGGGUGCCGCUCUAUUUUCUAUGAAAAUGGAUCUUUCGCGCGGUGGGUCGGGCUCCACACGUCUAGCAUGUAAGAAUGCUGCCCCGGACAGGAUACAUCUUCCCGCGUCUACGUCUUCAUCACAAAAGGCGUUCAGCGACAGUCGUCCAUUCUCGUACCUGCAGUACGAGCUGGAGGAACUGGCUGAACAUCAGUUUGUCGCCGUGGUAGACAAAGCUCAGACUCGCACCAACGGUUGGGUGAUUGCAGAGUUCUCAGAUAGCUCUGGUUCAAUCGUCCCGACUCGUGUGGGACUUGGAAGAUUGCUCAGUGCCGGCUUACAUAUGAAGCUGCCGGCCAACAGGCCGAUGCUUACAGAAGUCAAGAUUCCGUCAUUACAUUCAAGUCUACUUGCGUACAAGCUUUCGGUGCACAGUGCAGGUUGCUCUGACUCGUCUCCAUUGUUUACGCCGCUUUUGCGCCAGUCGAUACCGGAACCCCACGAGUCCAAGUUUUUUGUCAAUGUCCAUGAUGUCGAUGUGAAUCUUCAUGGUGUAGCGCCAUAUAUGCCUCCACCACUUCGCGAAGAAGCGGAGUAUGGAGUUACUUUUCACUUGUGGUCUGAUCCGACAUGCGCGUCAAGUGUUGAGCUGUCAUUGAAAGUCAACAUUUAUCACAGUUUUGGAGAGCUAGUCAUGCGCUACAGGACUGUUUUUGCCGCAUUUCCACUAUUAGUUGUUGCUCUUGUUUUGCGCAAACAAUUCAAAGUUUAUGACGAUACGGGCCAUUUCAUCACGUUUAUGGAAAGUUUGAAUCUAUGUCUACGCUCAUCGCUCCCUAUCGUUAUUGGUGUCCUGUCACUGCUGGCAUCCUCACUUGCCUCUAAACGACAACUGCCUUCAAAUGAUGACCCAUUUCAUUGGCGCCGAAAUUCGACGGAGACAGCGGUUGAUUUCACCAAAUAUGACCUGCUCCUUGGCGCUCAGGAUGCAUUUUUCUGGUUCCUCGUCCCGUUGUUUGGGUUGAUUAGCAUUGGUGCAUGUGUCGCGAUCAACUAUACCUCGUUGUUGAUUUUGAGUGUUUUAUCGUCUCUGUAUGGGAUUUUUCGAACUAAGACCGGCUAUAUUCGUCGGGAAGAUCGGAAUGGGCCGAUAUUCUCCCAUCCGAGUCCACGCCGAAGGAUGAUCAACGCUAGCAUACUACUAGUUCUUGUCGCGACUGUGAUACCAUAUCAAUUUGCAUAUAUGGUCGCAUGCAUGGUACAGGUAGCGACGUGUGUUAGGGCGCUAUGGCAUGUGCGCGAAACGCGAUUGACUAUCAACGCGAGUUUCUUCAACUAUGCGCAUUCCAUCCUUACUCUUAUGCUCUGGGUCCUUCCAAUCAACAUUCUUGUACUUGUUGUCUGGGUACACAACCUGGCCGUACACUGGUUGACGCCAUUUUCCUCUCAUCACAACGUUUUAUCCAUCAUGCCAUUCCUAAUUCUCGUGGAGACGAUGACGAGCGGACUCAUGAUUCCGCGAAUAUCUUCACGAGCAAAACACAUAACGUACAUCCUUCUCUUCUGUCUCGCCGGCUACUCAGCUCUCUACGGGGUCUCAUACGCCUACCUCCUUCACCACGUGGCCAAUAUAUUCUCAGCAUGGCUUGUAAUCAUAUACCUCGUAUCGGGCGGAUUUUCAGUUCAACGUUUCAUCCGAAUCCUAGAGACGGACGAUUAUCUUAAUACCAGCACAAAGAGCGGGGCUACUAAUAGCGAUGUCUCCGAGAAUACAGGUAAACAUCAUAUCAAGAAGAAGCCCUGAUAGAUCUUGAAAGAUUUCUCUUUCUGUACUUAUUUUUUUCUUCGUUUCUCUGUUCGUAUCGCCUCAUGCAUAGACUGGCGCGUUUUUAUGAUUAUUAGCGUCUUGUCUUUUGUCUUUUUCGUCUCUGUUGAUGUUGUUACUACGCUGUCAUGGAUAUGCAUGUACAUCUAUACGCCUGUUUCUUUUACACUUUGGCUUAGUAAUAAUGUUUCUUAUACAUAGACUUGUCUUGAAAAGUCAGAUGUUUUCGAAUUUUGGAAACUGAAUCAAUCUCUACAGACCAAUCACCACUGUUG